UGUGCUCGGGCACCCCGACGAGACGGACGCACUCACACGAUGCCAACAGCAUGACUCGGCUCCGGCGCGUGUGGCUCUGCUCGGUCGUCGUCCUGCUCCUCGUCCCAGAUGCCAACUGCAUCUCCUGGAACCAGUGGUGGACGUAUGACGGAAUAUCCGGUCCUGCCUUCUGGGGUCUGAUAAACCCGGACUGGGGCAUGUGCACCAAGGGGCGGCGGCAGUCGCCGAUCAACCUGGAACCGUCGACGCUGCUGUUCGACCCGAACCUGCGGGUGCUGCACGUGGACAAGUCGCGCGUGGCCGGCUCGCUGGCCAACACGGGCCACGGUCUGCUCUUCAGCGUGGACAACUCGUCGCGGCCGGUCAACAUCACGGGCGGGCCGCUCAGCUACAAGUACCAGUUCCACGAACUGCACCUCCACUGGGGCCUGCACGACGGCUCCGGCUCCGAGCACUGUGUCAGCGGAAAUCCCUUCCCGGCAGAGAUCCAGCUGCUCGGCUUCAACUCGCAGCUCUACAGCAACUUCUCGGACGCGCUGAACAGGGCCCAGGGCAUCGUCGGCGUCUCGCUGCUCCUGCAGCUUGGUGACUUGUCCAACCCAGAACUGCGGUUAUUAACUGACCAGUUGGACAGGAUCCGCUAUGGAGGGCAGGAGGCGGAGGUGCGUCGGCUGUCGAUCCGCGGCCUGCUGCCUGACACAGACCACUACAUGACCUACGACGGCUCCUUCACGUCGCCGGCGUGCCACGAGACUGUCACCUGGGUGGUGCUCAACAAGCCAAUCUACAUCACCAAGCAGCAGCUGCAUGGCCUGCGACGCUUGGUGCAGGGCGAGGAGUUGACGCCCUCGGCCCCCCUGGGCAACAACUACAGGCCCCCGCAGCCCCUUCACCACCGGCUGGUCCGCACAAACAUUGAUUUCAACAAACAGGAGGGCAUGAAGCACUGUCCUUCCAUGAACCGCGAGGUGUACUACAAGGGUAAGAAUCCACAGAGCACUCUCAACCUGGAGCCAAUCGAUUGGCUCUAAAAACCAACUCGUGGAGAGAAACGUAAUGCCGGGCGGAUCCACGCAGCUGGACGCGAGAAGUGCCGACUUUUUUGAGAGCGAAAGCAGAACGAGAGAAAGAGAGUGUAUGCGUGCGAGAGCCGAAAAAUGUAUAAAAGCACACACACACACAAAAGCAAGCAAGCAAGUUGAAUGGAGGAAAAAAAGAGGCAACCGACACAUAUCAAAAGAAUGACGCUCACUUGUGAUUCCACCUGCUGACAAAUUGUUUAAAUAUGAAUGUGUGCGUCGUAAAAGUAAGUGCGGCCCCCAAUCAUGGAAAUGGACGCUCCACCCCCACCCCCGCCCCCAAACGCAGGUAAAAAAGCUCUUCAUCCCGGUCUGAGUGAUUUCGGUCCCGAUUUUAUUGGUGCACAUAAAAAGCCAGCCUGCGAUGUGUUCUCGUUAUUUCGCUCUUUCCCUUUUUUAUAUCGUUCGCGCAAAAGUGAUGCCUUUCCGCGCAACGAUGAUUCGAAUGUAAUGAGAGACAGAGAGCCGGCUCUCUCUUUGUUGCGCUUCGUUUUACUGCUCCCUCUGCGUCUCGAUUAGAGAGAGCAUAGCAGUUUUGCUCGAUUUCCCGGAUUUUGAAUUUUUGGUUUGCUAUUCGAAAAUUACACAAUUUAAAUGAAAUAAUUGCUUAUAAAACAUUAUAGUACACAUGAUCAAUACAAUUUGUGACUGCUCUUUUUAUAAAUUAUACAAAAUUUCGGCGUAUUUUGUUUUAAAUCUGGCGUUAAAUAUAACAAAACUGUUUUAUAAAUAAGUACAUUAUGGUUAAAAUGAUUCAAAUUCAAAAUUUAGAUUUUCUCGAACCACCCAGUUUGGAUUUAUCGAUCAUAAAUCUGAAGGGUUUGAAGCAAAUAUAAAUUUAAACAAGAAAUAUCAGGUUUAUUGAUUAAAUUAAAAUCAUAGUGGAGAAAGAUGUUGAUUUUGUGCAAAUAAAAAUCAAACAGCCUUCCCUAAGCUUGCACAUAUGUUAUAAAUCAACUAUUAUAGUAGUUAAACUUCAUUUUAAUGGCAGUGCACUACCAGAAUUAACAGUCUCAGAGUCGAGCAAGAGCGUAAAAUCUCGCUCUUUUUUGCCUCCCUAAUCCGGACGGAGCGCGAGCAGAAGCGGAAUGUGCGAAUAACAGAGUGCGUUGCGUGUGCCAUACACUUAAUCCACUUUGUUUUAAAUUUGCCGCUCGAACGAGCCGCUACUUGCUGGUGCUGUCGGUUGUAAAUCUAAUUUUGAUAUCAUGCAGAGUGCCCCAUGAUUUGAUUGCACGUCGUACUUAAAAAUUGGCUUUUUCUUUGUAUUGAUUGGCAACGAUUUUGCAGUCAAAUUGUGGACCAGCCUGCACCGAAAACUUCGUACACGUGUUAUUUCUGCAGCUCAUGUUUCGGGGAACGCGUAGCCUUGUUGGCAGGUGAAUCUCUCAAUUAUACGUCUUGUCUUUGGAGCAACAAACUCACACAUAUCUCUCAAAAAUUUUCGUGUCUGUAGAGAAAUUUCGAUGGCAUAUUUAGACAGAGGCUUGUUUGUGAUUUUGAUUGCGAGAGGAGCGACUGCGACCCUAGGCAAUAUAUUAUAUUGUUAAUUAUUGUGAGUGUGGAAUGUGCUGGAGGCGGAAAGAGUCAAUUUAUUCGAAUAUAUUCAUCGUCGCAUUUGAAUUUUGCUAUAAAUUCAUGUUCAAAAUCGGCUUUCAACUUGAAAUCCAAUUACCUCUCCACUUCUAUUUUCAUUUGACCCUGGCAGAGUCAACACGGACCUUUCGACUGCCGCCGCAAAUGGAAUCGUUUCUGACACAUUUCCCUCAUCAAGUCGCGUAUUAUAUAAACACAUACAGAACUGAUAAUUACAUGUACUUAGGCAUUAAGAGCGUCCCCAACCCCCCUGAUUGCUUGACACAUGCAUACUUUUGCCAUGAUUGUGAGCCAACAGCGGUUUUAACGUAGACACGAUCAACGCACGCGAAAUUACGUACCGUUAUAUAGAUGGACAAUUAUAAUAACUCUCUGUGAAUUGGAUGUUCGUGUACAGGACAAAAGUGGCAAGUAGAUAUACACACGAAAACAAAAAUAUUUAACACAAAAGUAAAUUGAGAAACAAAACAAAACCGUUGCCUAAUUAGUCGGACUGAUAAAUAAAACAAAAAAGAAUGAAAUCAUCUCGUACACAUAUGAUCACGUGUAAUUUUAAUCGAAACUGGCUUGCUCCCGAUGAUAACAUUACGAAAAUGUAUAUAAUCUUGUUAACAUGUCCGCUGUUGUAGGCGAAAUUGUUGAAUUACCAAUUAUGUUACGUUACAUACGCUUGUUACAACAAUGCAAUUUCGUCGGGCAAACACGUUCUACGUGAUUUUUCCGUCAGCCAGCAGUUUGUGUGAUAUUUUUAUUGGACUCUCCCCCCGUAAAAUGUGAUUUAGUUCUUCAUCAUAAUAGCUUGCCGAUUCGGAAAAAUUAUUAAUUUCCCCAAUGCCGCAACGAACGAGGUUAGUAUAAGUGUAUACUUCCAGAGACUCGUGCAUGAGCGCGCGUCGAAAUGGGAAUUCCUGGAACGCCCCUCAAAGAGGCUUUACUUCUGAUUCGGAAAUCUGAUCCGCGCAAAUAACGGGAUUUUCGGAUUUGCCCGGAACGCGGCUUCUCGCCCGUCUGGGAUUUCGGCUCCCUUAAUAGCAAAGUUGAAACAGCUAGUUAUAUUCGGUGGAUGCAUGCUGCGAACUUCGGUCGGGCCUGCAGAUUAUUUUCCGGAAGUGGGUAACCGAAAAUUAAUUAUUCAUCACCAGCUUGCAUGUGUUUAACGUUACACUACUAUAGAGGCUUUUGACUUUGGUUUUAGUGCCGAAUAUAUUAACACGCACUCGGUAAAAGCUUUACAUUUUUCACUUCAACAUCUCUAUUUACCUGGAUUCUGAUAAUGCAAAAAAAAACAGCGAGAACAUUUUACAGAGUGAAAAUAUGACCGAUGAGUGGAGUUUUUUUUUUUUUAAAAAUUCGCUGUUCUGAGCUUUUUUCUAACAUUUUAAUAUUGGCACUUGCAACUAAUUAAAAUUAUUUUGUCAAUCUUCUCAGACAAUCUUGCCAAAAAUUUUCAGAACUUCCUUAUCGAAUUUUUUCAAGACAAAAGCGUUUUCGGCGUUUUAGUUUUAUUUAAUUAUGACUUUUCUACGCUGGCCUGUUUUUCCCUUUGUCUUCAACCCUUGAACUUGUGUUUCUAUUAAAAUUUUUGCCAUCUAAAUUCUCAGCUACUUUAAUUUUUUUGAAUUUGAUUAAAAUCUUUCCAUAUUUCGAAAUAAAAUGCAAACAGAAUGUGGGCGAGUUGGUAGCAAAUCUGGAAAAUCAUCAAACUAUUUCCUCGGCCGAUCAGAUUGUCCGGAGGCGGCAGCAGUAAACAUUUUACAGGUGCCCCUCGCAGACAUAUCGUUUUCCGAUUCGCCACCCCGACAGAACGACAGACAGCAACCGACAUUGAGGAGAAAGAGAAGCAAACGAAUCCCCUGCAUCCACCUCUCGUUUUUCCCUGCUCUCUUUCUUUUUUUAAUAAAUUGCGAGCGACUAUCCGUGUUUUCUGUUCAGCAGUCGGCGGCGGGAAAGCACGAAAAGGACGAGGGAGAAAGAGCGAGAUCGAGGCCGGAAAUAAAAAUCGACGCGCUGGCCGACCAACCGACCGAGUGGUGGUAGUUGCUUCUUGUAAGGAUCAAUUAGAUUUGACCUGUAGGCGGCUGAGUGCGCGCGCGAGUCAAAUCCUCUGCGGGGUGCAACACAAAACCCAUCCACGAACCCGCUUUCUUUUCUCACCCUUGCGCCUAAGGUUGCCGCACUGCAAUUGCUCAAUGAAAGUUAUUUUCUGUUGGCCAAUUUCAGUUCACUCUUUGAUGUUAUGCUGGUGUUUUUAUCUGCUGAAAAUCAUUGAAAUUUUCUUUAGUCGGGAAAAGUGAUGUAAACGUUAAAUUCGGUGAGAAUCGCGCAAUUAAAACAAUAUUAAAUAUUGAUAUAAAUGAUUAGCUCAAAUUUCUUUUUCCCCAGAUACAUGUAUAUAUUAUCCCAGUUGACGUAACCAAACUUUUAGUUUAGUAAAAUUAUUCGAAAUUAAAAGGGAAUAUUUAUUACCCUGUCAUUAUGCAGUGCCCCAAUUCAUUUUUUUUAAUUUUAAAUGUUUGUACCCUAAAGAAAUUUUAAUUUCUGAUUUUUCUGAAGUUAUGAAAUCUGGUCCAGCAAAUUUCUUCUCAAUCAUUACAUUGUGCUGUGAUAAUUUUCACGGAAAUAAUCGUUUUAAUCGGCAACAAAAACAAGCAGUUUCAUUUCUAAACAUAACCUGAUUUUCCAAUUUCGAUUUUGAUGCGCAAUGCUUGACAUUAAUUGAAAUAAAUAAAAAUUUCAGUUAUAUUUUAAUUUUUGAUCAGUACAGGAAUGUAAGCGCGGCAAAGAUUCAUUGAAUCAUUACCGGAUCAUUUUGAUCCUCUUUCUUAAAGCCGAAUAACAAAUUACCCAGUCAGGGCAUAACUUUUUUAUACAACUGUUAACAACGUUUAUAGCGACCGUGGCAACCCUAUCCUCGCUCUCUUUCCAUCCCCUAGCUUCACGCAGCUGUGCUCGAAUUUCUCGCCGCCUCUGCCGACUCUAUUCAAGCGAAAUUUCCCAUGCGUUUUGCGUAACGCACACGUCUCAUCCAUCUUUGCUGCACGAUUCCACUUGCGUUCCCGUUACAUAUUCAUAAAGGCCGCGCGUACACACACACACAUACAUUUAUGGAAGACCUCGUUCGGCGGCACGGGUGUGGAUCGCGUAUCGCCAAUUAAUUGGCACUUUGCUUUUUUAUUGUUGCGUUGGCUGCUGGCUGGCUGGCCAGACGAUUGCAGCUGUAAAUCUUCCUCGCCGUUUUUUUAUGUGAUGUUUUAACAAGCGUCGUUCCUGCCCGCGUUGAGUUACGAGCCUUGUUUGGUUUCCUGACAAUCUAGAAGGUAUAUGCAAUCAAAAAUAUCAAACCACAAUGAAAGGAAAUGAAAACUUA